AUCUAAUGCUGCUGUUCUUAGUCUUUUUCUUUUUUUUUUUCUUUCUAGGGUUUGAAAUCUAAGAGAAUGGCAGAUAUUGACAACAAAGAACAGGCUGAACUUGAUCAACAGGAUAUGGAAGAUGUUGAAGAAGUAGAAGAAGAAGCUGGUGAAGAUGCCAACAGCAAAGCUCGACAGUUGACUGUGCAGAUGAUGCAAAAUCCUCAGAUUCUUGCAGCCCUUCAGGAAAGACUUGAUGGCCUGGUAGGAACAUCUACAGGAUAUAUAGAAAGCUUGCCUAAAGUUGUUAAAAGACGUGUGAAUGCUCUCAAGAAUCUUCAGGUUCAGUGUGCACAGAUAGAAGCUAAGUUCUAUGAGGAAGUCCAUGAGCUGGAAAGAAAGUAUGCUGCCCUCUAUCAGCCCUUAUUUGACAAGCGAAGUGAAAUCAUCAAUGCAAUUUAUGAACCUACAGAGGAAGAAUGUGAAUGGAAAGCAGAUGCUGAAGAAGAGAUUUCAGAGGAAAUGAAAGAGAAGGCCAAGCUUGAAGAAGAAAAAAAAGAUGAAGAAAAAGAAGACCCUAAAGGAAUUCCUGAAUUCUGGCUGACAGUGUUCAAGAAUGUUGACUUGCUCAGUGAUAUGGUUCAGGAACAUGAUGAACCUAUCCUGAAACACUUGAAAGAUAUAAAAGUCAAGUUUUCAGAAGCUGGACAGCCUAUGAGUUUCACAUUAGAAUUUCACUUUGAAACAAAUGAUUACUUCACAAAUGAAGUAUUGAUAAAGACAUAUAGAAUGAGGUCAGAGCCAGAUGAUUCUGAUCCCUUCUCCUUCGAUGGACCAGAAAUCAUGAGUUGUACAGGUUGCCAAAUAGACUGGAAAAAAGGAAAGAAUGUUACUUUAAAAACAAUUAAGAAGAAGCAGAAACACAAGGGUCGUGGCACAGUUAGAACAGUGACAAAAACUGUUUCUAAUGACUCUUUCUUCAACUUCUUUAGUCCUCCUGAAGUUCCUGAAAGUGGAGAUUUGGACGAUGAUUCCGAGGCAAUCCUUGCUGCGGACUUUGAAAUAGGUCACUUCUUACGUGAGCGUAUAGUCCCCCGAUCAGUGUUGUACUUCACAGGAGAAGCUAUUGAAGAUGAUGACGAUGAUUAUGAUGAAGAAGGAGAGGAGGCAGAUGAUGAGGAGGGGGAAGAAGAAGCAGAUGAAGAAAAUGAUCCAGAUUAUGACCCAAAAAAGGAUCAAAACCCAGCAGAAUGCAAGCAGCAGUGAAGCAGUGUGUAUGUGGCCUUGAGGAUUACCUGCACUGUAAUAGCCUAAACACAACUAUUAGUUACUUACAGCCUUAUGUUUUGUAUCUUGGUAGAAUUAAGUAACCAAUUUGUUAAAUACGAAAUCAAACACAUAAGAACCAGUUUAAAAUGUAGGUUCAAUCUACCUAGCAUUUUAACAGUAUAAUUUUCAGCCAAUAUGUAGAAUGCAGCAAAUCCCCAAAAGCAUGAAUGUUAAUUCAUUGCUACAUAGUUUGGUUCUUGUGAAGUCCUUGUCAUGUAGCUAUUAGACUGCAGCUGUGAAGAUUAUCAGAACUGUUAACUGAGACCAAUAUUUGUUUAGAGAAAAUCCUCUCCUGAAGAACCAACCAAAGUAUUUUCAGCCCAGUAGUCUGAACGGGUGUAAGUCUGCUUGCACUAGCUGUGCCUUCAUUACUUUGUUAUAGAAAAUGGCAGUGACUUGUACUAACUAGGAGAUGAUGAUGCAUUUUGAAUUUGACUACUUGAGAAGACUAGUAUAACUUGUUUAAUUUCCAACGAGACCACAUUAAACAUUCAUAACUGUCAGCUUGUUUAUGCUAUGGGUUUUGUAUUUUAUGUGACAUAGUGAUCUACAAAGGAAACCUAGUCAUCAUAUUAAGGUUUAUUGUUUACCACUGGGGUGUGAAUAAAACCUAGUAUUUUCAGAA